AUGGCCGACGCUGCUGUUGAUGCCGAGCAGAAGCUCCAGGACCAGAACGGCGGAGCUCUGCAGACUGCCAAAGACCUCUUUGCCGGUGCUGCUGGCGGCAUCACGCAAGUCCUCGUUGGCCAACCCUUCGACAUCGUCAAGGUCCGCCUCCAAACUUCCACAACCCACUCCUCGGCCCUUGAGGCCGCCACCGCCAUCUGGAAGCAUGAAGGCCCCCUCGCCUUCUACAAGGGCACCCUAACCCCCCUCAUCGGCAUCGGCGCCUGCGUCUCCGUCCAAUUCGGCGCCUUCCACCAAGCCCGCCGCUGGUUCGAAGCCCGCAACGCCGCCGCCGCCUCCUCCCCAUCCAAGCCCUCGACGCCCAGCUACACCCAGUACUACGCCGCCGGCGCCUUCGCCGGCAUCGCCAACUCCGUCCUCUCCGGCCCCAUCGAACACGUCCGCAUCCGCCUGCAGACCCAACCCCACGCCGCCUCCGCCCGCCUCUACAACGGGCCCCUCGACUGCGUCCGGAAACUGUCUUCCCAGGGCGGCGGCGUCUUCCCCGGGCUCUUCCGCGGCCAGGCCGUCACCGUCCUCCGCGAGGCCCAGGCCUACGGUGUUUGGUUCCUCACCUUCGAGUGGCUCAUGAACGCCGACGCCGCCCGCAACCGCAUCGACCGCCGCGAGGUCCCCAGCUGGAAGAUCGCCUUUUACGGCGGUCUGGCCGGCGAGGCCCUCUGGCUGAGCAGCUACCCUUUCGACGUCGUCAAGAGCAAGAUGCAGACCGACGGCUUCGGCGCCGCCCAGCGCUACGCCUCCAUGCGGGAUUGCUUCGCCCAGAUCUGGCGCGCCGAGGGCGCUGCCGGUUUCUGGAAGGGCAUCGGGCCUACCUUGCUCAGGGCUAUGCCUGUGAGCGCCGCGACAUUUGCCACUGUCGAGUUGAUGAUGAGGUUGAUCAAUUAA